AGAAACCUCCCUCCCUUCUUCUCUCUCCCUCCCCCCACCCUCUCUAUUCUUCGUUGAUUUCUCUGUCUCAUGCGUUUCUCCAAAAAUCCAACCUCUUGAUAGCUCUCAUUAUUAUUAUAGUUAUUAUCAUCGUCUGAGCCGUCGUUCUGGUGAAGAAAAUGUCAUCGCCGGGAUUCACGGGUGGUGGGGCACCGGAGUUCUACGGCCGAGUUGGCCGAUCCAUGGCGGCAAACGCCAUGAACGAUCCUACCAACGCCAACAAUCUUCAACCUUCUCUUCAUCCUCUGUACCGAACCCAGCAACAACAACAACACCACCCACCAAUUCUUCUAGAUCCUUAUACGCAGAUCGCAAGGCAAAAUCCGAGUCUCAUCAGGAAGCGAACCCUCGCAGAAUUUCAAACUCACCAGCACAACCCCAGCAAUCAGGUUCUUUCAAGCUUCCUUUUACGCUCUGUGAAGCCCAGAACCUUCCAGAAUAGCUCCCCUAUGUCUCCUAUGUCACCCAUCGAUUUCUCCAUGUCCCCUGAAUUGGCAAACCCCUCGGUUUUCUCGUCACAGCGCUUUGGGUUUCCUCUGCUUCAGCAAUCUCGCCCCCAGACGAUGAAUCUCCCAAACGCAGCCUUAUCCAGAGCUGGGUUUCCAUAUUUGAAUGGUAAUUUGGUUCAGGAAAGUGAGAAGAAGGUCAUGGACCAUCGGCUUCAGGAGUUGGAGAAACAGCUUUUGGAAGACAACGACGACGAAGAAGGCGAUGCGGUAUCUGUGAUCACCGGCAGCGAGUGGUCAAUACAGAACCUGAUCAGCGCCGGCGUACAGAAACCAAUUUCGUCGUCGCCUACUUCGUCUACAACCUCGACGACGUCGUCAUCUUCUUCUGUUCCUUCACCUGCAACCACCUGUUUGAAGCAGUCGUUAAUGGAGGCCGCAUCUGCAAUUUCCGAAGGGAAAUCCGAGUCCGCCAUGGAGAUCCUGACCCGUAUGGCCCAGUUAUCGAACCCGCACGGCAAUUCGGAUCAACGAUUGAUGGAUUGUAUGAUCUCCGCGCUGAAAUCCCGUGUGAACCCGCACGAUAACCCACCUCCGGUUGGAGAACUCUUUAGCAGCGAACACGCCGAGUCGACUCAGUUGCUCUACGAACAUGCUCCGUGUUUCAAGGUUGGGUUUAUGGCGGCUAAUCUAGCAAUCCUCGAAGCCGCAUUCGAGGACAACACAGAGAACAACGGCAGCAACAAGUUACACGUGGUCGAUUUCGACAUCGGCAGGGGCAAGCAAUACAAAAAUCUCCUCCACGAGCUCUCGGCGCGUCAGAAUGGAAAACUAUUCACGGUGUGCAUCACGGCGGUUGGGGAGAACGGCAGUGAAGAGAGGUUGAAGAUGGUGGGCGAAUUGUUAAGACAACACGCUGAGCAAUUCGGGGUCGGGUUCGAGUUCAGAUCAGUAACUCAAAAACUCACCGAGUUAACGCGUGAGUCACUAGGGUGCGGGCCCGACGAGCCCCUCGCGGUGAACUUCGCUUUCAAAUUGUACAGAAUGCCCGAUGAGAGCGUUUCCACAGAGAACCCCCGAGACGAGCUUCUCCGGCGCGUGAAAGGAUUGGCCCCGCGCGUGGUGACGUUAGUGGAGCAAGAGAUAAACACCAAUACGGCGCCGUUCACGUCCCGCGUUUCCGAAUCGUGCUCGUAUUACAGCGCCCUAUUCGAUUCGCUCGACUCGACAACCACAAGAGACAGCUCAGAGCGAGUGAAGUUGGAACAAGGACUGAGUCGAAAGCUUCGCAACUCGAUCGCGUGCGAAGGAAGAGAUCGCGUGGAAAGGUGCGAAGUGUUUGGCAAGUGGAAGGCGCGUACGAGCAUGGCGGGUUUUCAACUGAGGGGAAUGAACCAGAGAAUCGCCGAGACGAUAAAAGCGCGACUCAACCAGGGGAGCCGAGUCAACCCGGGAUUCACAGUGAAAGAAGAGAAUGGUGGGAUUUGUUUUGGUUGGAUGGGUCGAACACUCACCGUCGCAUCUGCUUGGCGUUAACUUCACUUACUUUUUCGUUUUUCUUUCUUUUUUUUAAUAUCCAAUUGUUAUUACUAUAUUUUAACGUUAUCUAGCUAUAAUGGAAAGGAAAAGGCAAUAUAUAUAUUUGGAAAUUGAGAGGAAA